UUGCUUCAGCCUCGGCCAACUCCGAUCUCUCAACUCCGACGCCUAACCACCACCACCACCAUCGCGGCGCCAUCACCAUGCCCAAGGCACUCCACUUCAAGGGUGACAAGAAGGUCAAGAAGCGCAGAAAAGCUGCCGACCCUUACGACGCCGAUGAGAAGCCCUCGAAGCAGCUUACGACCAGCGCACCUGCCGAAGCCGAGAGCGACGACUCUUGGGUGAGCGCAGAUGCGCCGACAGACAUCUCAGGACCUAUAGUCAUUGUGCUGCCCACCGACUCGCCGAACACGUGCCUGGCAUGCGACGCCAACGGAAAGGUCUUUGCAAGCGAAUUGGAGAACAUAGUCGAGGGCGAUGUCGCGACGGCUGAACCGCACGAUGUGCGCCAGGUCUUCGUCGCGAAUCGAAUCGCUGGCACCGAACAGCUCAGUCUGAAGGGCCAUCACGGAAGAUAUCUGAGCUGCGACAAGUUCGGCGUCCUAAGCGCGACCGCGACCGCCAUCUCUCCCGAAGAAACCUUUGUCGUCGUUGCCGUGCCCGACAACCCCUCCGCGUUCUCCCUACAGACUGCCCGCGACAAGUUCCUGACCAUCGACGAAUCGUCUGGGAAAGCCCCAGAACCACGGGGCGACGCCGAACACAUAGACUUCAGCACCACUUUCCGCAUACGCAUGCAAGCCCGCUUCAAGCCGCGGCUCAAGGCGAGCAAGGAAGAGAAGGCGAAUGUCAAGAUUAGUCGCAAGGAGCUAGAAGACCAGAUUGGCCGGCGUCUCAACGACGACGAGGUCAAGAAGCUAAGGAAGUCGAGGGUCCAGGGCAACUUCCAUGAGACAGCCUUGGACAUGAAGGUCAAAUCUAGCCACGACAAGUAUGCCAGCAUGUGAAGGUCCCAUCGUAUCAGCCAUGGUGCCUCAGUAGCAACAAGGCGUUGCGUCGCUGCAUGGUGCCGCAGAGACACCACAAGCCAACCUUGGCGUCCACAAGCAACGGCUGCACCCGCGUCACACCAUGCUAUGCAUAUAGCCGAUCCUAUGGAU